AUGUCCUCCCCCUCCCAAUCCCAUUGGGACGUGUUAACAGCGGCGGCUAAAGAAAAUAACGUCACUGCCCUAUACAAAUCAAUCCAAGACGACCCAGAGAUCCUAAAGAAAAUCAAUGAUAUCCCAUUCGUGGAUACCCCACUGCACGUGGCCGCAGCAAAUGGCAACACCCUUUUCGCCGUGGAAACCAUGGCCAUAAUGCCAUCUUUUUGCAAGAAAUUCAACAGCGAAGGCCUAAGCCCCUUACACAUGGCCCUCCAAAAUGGCCACCUCAAAACCGCUGGCCAUAUGGUAAAACUGGACAGCGGGCUGGUUCGGGUGGGCGGCAGGGGAAAGAUGACGCCGAUGCACUACUUGGUCUCCGUGAGUAACGAUGAUGACGCCAAGAAACUGGAGCUGUUGAUUGAUUUCCUCACGGCGUGCCCUGAAGCUGUUAAGGAUGUCACGGUUGAUUGCAAAACCCCAAUGCAUGUGGCAAUUGAGUCAAGGAGUUUUGACGCUUUCGGAGUGAUGUUUGGUUGGCUUUGGAGGACUGGUAACAUCAAUCUUUUAUACAUGGAAGAUAUCAACGGCAACACUGCACUUCUUCUGGCUGCACAACACUCCAUUAACUUUCCUGAUGAGGCAUCAUCAUACGCCAUUUAUACACACUUCUCUACUGCAGGGAUAUUUAUAGUUUUUGGUGGUAAGCGCUUGGAUCAUAUCAGAGCCAGAGUAAAAACUGUCCAGUUAAGACUGCUAGCAAGUGCUGGGAGCGAGGGUUUAAGACUUGAGUCAGGUGUAGAGAGGCCAAAAAUAAUCCGAAAAGCAUUCAAAAAAAUCAGAGAGAACAGUAAAGAAAUAAUAGCCAACGCAAAGGGAAAGGAGGGAAUAAAUCGCCUCAAAUUCUUCCUGUCAUCGGAGACACCCAUGCAAAAGCUCAUCCGUUACUCCGCACACGUCCACGAAGGCAUGUCAAUGAUGAUUUGGAACGUGGUGCUAGUGGUGGCGGUGCUGGUAGCCACCGCCGUCUACCAAGCAACUCUCACGCCCCCCGCCGCCGUCUUACACAGCACCGAUUCUAAGAUUAUGUUGACCCCAUCUCCAUCUCCAUCUCCAAGCACCAAUAAUGUCCACAAAAAGUACGAGCAUCAUUUCACUCUGUUUGUAACUAUGAACACAUUGGCCUUCAAUCUCGCCUUAGGGGUGAUGCUAUUUGUGCUCCCCUUUGUUCUGUACAGCGUUUUCCUACACUUGGCUCUGUAUUUCAUGUCCGUCAGCUUCCUCAUCAUGCUGCACGUAACCGGGCGGGGAGGAGCACAAGACCACGGCCUCGGUGUUAAUGUAUAUUUCUUUGGGGCUGUUUGGCAUUACCUAUUGUGCACGCUUCUUUAUUGCCUCCUUAAAGACGGUCUUAUGGACUCCGUGGUGGAUCGGGAAGCCGUAUCGCAUGAUGUGCAAGCUUAUUGGGUGUAUGGGCAAGGGCAUGCAAAAUAG